GCCCCCCGCCCCGCCGCGGACCCCAGCCCUCCCUCCCCUGCCUCAGUUUCCCCAAACCGCUCAACGUCCCCCCGGGGGAAACUGAGGCACGGUGGGGGGGGAAAGCAAUGCAAACCUGGGGGUGAGAACCCCCUCUGCCCCACUCCCACCCAUGCGCUGCUCCAACACCAAGAGCAAGGGGGUGUCGGGGUACCGGGGGGAGCCACUUUCCCAGGGCCAGCAACCCCCUCAACACAGGAGCCACCUCCAGCCCAGUGGAAAGGAAAUCAAAACUGGGAGAGGCUCCCAGCGAAACCGGCCAGGGCGGGAGCGAGGCCCCCCCGCCCCCCCGCCGCACCCCGACCACCUUUGCCCCCGGGAUGGGUCUCGUCCUGGCAACCCCAGCCGCCACACACGUGUUCGCACACCUUUGUUUAUCGUAGGACCUACAAGAAGGCAGGCAGAGCAAACACGGCCUCGCCUUCCUCCCCCUCUCCGCCAUCACCGGAGCUGGCGGCCGGGAGGGCCGGGGCAAUGCUGAGGGCUGGGGGGGGUGCGGGGAGGGGUGCACCCAUGGGUGCUCCCUGGGGGGUGGCGUGGGGACACGGCGUCUCCACACUGUCACCCGUAGGGUCCCGGCCUGCCAUGGGGGAGGCGAGUGACACGGACAGCGGGAUCAUGCUGCACUCGGGCCCCGACAGCCCGGUGUCCCCGCUGAAGGAGCGGGCGCAGGCGGGGCGCAGGCAGCAGCAGGCGCUGGAGAUGCGGCUGGAGAGCUGCGUGCAGGAGCUGCGGCGGCUCUGCCUGCGCGAGGCGGAGCUGACGGGGACGCUACCCCGCGAGUACCCCCUGAAAGCAGGUGAGAAGCCCCCCAAGGUCCGGCGCAGAAUCGGUGCCGCCUUCAAGCUGGAUGAGACCCUCGUCCUGCGUGGGGCGGACCCGCUGAGCACCCUGGAGCGGGACCUGGCGCUGCAGCUGCAGAUCGCCAAGGCCGCCCGGCGCCUGUGCCGCGAGGAGAACAUCAGCAAGGGGCUGCGGAAGCGGCGGCUCACGGCCGCACACCGUGAGGAGCAGAAGCUGAAGGACCUGGAGAACGUCCUCAACCGACAACGGCUCCUGGCCGGCCGACGGCCACUGUCCGCCGGCGCUGGGACCAGCGCCACCGAGGCCGUCCUCGUCCCCGCAGAGCUCAGCACCUCCGACGAGAGCUCCCUGUCGGACGCCAUCCUGCUGGAGGAGGAGGAGACGCAGCCACCAGGACAUCCCACCCCCAAGGACCCCACUGAGGCGGAGGGUUUGGGGUCCCCCUCAGCCCCCCCCAGCCCGUGGCAGGAGACCAGCCUCGACAGACCCUACGAAAAGGGCAAUAAACCCAGCGUGGACCCAGGGGAUGGGGAAACCUGGGGCUCCCGGUGCUACCCCAGGUCCCCGUCAGUCACCCCUGCUGCCCCCGGCAGCCCCAGCCGCGCAGCCUCGCCGGCGCCCAGGGUGGGGGACGUCCCUCCCUACCGCUUCGUCCCCAUCAGGACCCUGGUGCUGUGCCGGCAGGCGGGGUCCAGCGCUCCCAGCACCCCCGAGCCAUCGGGCCGACGGGGACAGGCCCAGUCCCUGAGGGUGGAGGCGUGCUGGCCGCCGGCCGAGCCGCGGGGCCGCAGUGCCGUACCCCGCCGGCGUCCCACCUACUACACGGUGACGGUGCCCACCUCCUGCGUCCCGACCCCCGCACACCACUCUGGCUCCGACGACAGCAUCUCCGACCUCUCCAGCGUCUCCCACGCCACCUCCCCGGGGAGCAGCAGCCCCGACGUCUCCUUCCCGCGCCCCCCGCUCCCACCGCUCCUCGCCGAACCCGGUUAUUACCCCCGGGGUGCCCACCGCUUCCUGCCGCCUGCUGGCUCCCCAGCUUUCCUCUAUGAGCAGGAUCUGGCCCCGUUACGCUACCAGCGCCUGGUGCCCUCGCACAGCCGCAUCGUGCGCACCCCCUCGCUCAAGGACUACGCGCCAGCGGCGGGGCGGGGGCUCUCCAAGGCGGCCGUGACCGAGGAGCUCAAGUCGUGGCACCAGCGCGCCCGGCUGCGGGGGGCCCGUCCCCACUCCCUCGAUCGGCAAGGAGCCUUUCGGGGACCCCGUGGUGGGACCAUCAGGGACGUGCCCAUCAGCUGCGGAGUCCUGCCGCGGGCUCAGGUUCCCCCGAUCCACGUCCUGCGGCGCUCCGCGGACGGCGUGCCCGUGCAGGUCUACAUGCCUGAGAACGGCGAGAUCGUCACACAAGUGUAAGCAUGGACCCCCCCGCCCCCACAGCCCGGGGGGGGCACAGCCUGGCUGGCCCAGGGACAACGGGGACAGGGACGUCCCACACCCCCCUAUCCUGGUGUGGAGACACAGGCGGGAGGUGCAGCCGCCCCCCCAGCACCCCUGGGGUCUGCAGGGCUGGGACUGGGUGGCUGGGGCUGGUCCCCCCGCCAUGUCCCCUCACUGUCACCGUGACCCCAAUGCUGAUGGUGUCACCGCAAUCCUCGGUUUGGGGCUUCGGUCUCUAAUAAACAUCUUCAUUAGGG